GUCAGAGGCAAGCGUUGCCAUGGCGACCGGCUCGAGAGGAGGACACUGCGGCGCGUGCACCACACGACGGCGGGGGCGUGCCGGCGAGUACGAGCACACGUGGGCGCGCACCGAGGCGGUCACCGCAUCCACAGCAGCCGCAUCAGCAGACACCACACUCCGAACAAAAAACAGCACCGUGGGACCGCAUCGGGCACCGUGCAUCUUUUUUUUCGGAGCAUUCCGACGCCCCCAUUGGAGGGUUGACUUUGUAGGUCUAUCGACGACGUUUCGUGAGGGAAAAAACGCUGAGCUGUGUGAUCACAGGUGACUUCUCCGCCUAUGUCAUUUCCGCGUUCACGCUGGUCGAAGGUUCUGCCGUGGCUCAACCUGGCCUCUGAUUGCGCCCGAAGCGAAGCCGCCAGUGAGACGAUGAAUGAAUGAAUGAAUGCUCGAAUGUGCUGCCGUCCUCCCGGGGAUGACGGAGGCUCAGCGCGCACGGAUGUGCUAGAACAUCCUCAUUAUUAGCAUCUUUGUAUUAUUUUGUAUUAUUUCUUGUCAUUGUCAUGAAGUCCCAACUGCUGGCCUGCUGCUCGACUGAAAGAAGGAAGGACUACUUUGACUGUCAAAGGCUUUUAUUUAUCUUUUAUAUAUUUUUGUAGUCAGCAGCUGCUUGAAUUGGCUUUUUUUGGGGGGAGGGCAGAGGACACAGUCAGAGGAGACAACACAAAUAACGGCUGACUUUCUACCAUCACCUGGGCACCUCACAUUAACAGGUGCUAACGCUGAUGAUGUCACCGGGACAGCGCAGGAUACAAGAGGAUGGACCGUAGCAGGACCAUCGCUGGGGAAGCAACCGAGAAAGCCUCGCCUCCGCACUGACCUGGUCCACCUUCUCCUCAUCCAUGUGCACCCUCCACAUGACCUUGGCCAGAGAAGCUCCUUUUGUAUUUUUGAUAAAGGCCGCUUGUCGCUUCAAUCAAAUUUUGGACACCGCUGCCUUUUGAUGAUGACAUCAUCAGCAGCCAUGUUUUUAUUUCUAUUCGCGAGUAAAGAAAAGAGAAGAAGAUCCCUCAUGGCCGACUGGUGCUUGAUGGGCCUCGCCCUCCUCUUGAACCUGGCCUUCAGUCAAAAAGCCGACCCCUCCAAGCACCCUGUCGUCACCACCAACUACGGUAAGCUCAGAGGAAUCAAGAAGGACCUCAACAAUGAGAUUCUGGGCCCAGUGGAGCAAUACCUUGGCGUCCCCUAUGCCACCGCCCCCAUCGGCGACCGCCGCUUUCAGCCUCCCGAAGCCCCGGGCUCGUGGCAGGAGAUCCGCAACGCUACCCAGUUCGCCCCCGUGUGCCCACAGAACGUGCACGGCGUGCUGCCGGAGAUCAUGCUGCCCGUGUGGUUCACAGACAACCUGGACGUAGCGGCCGGCUACAUCCAGAACCAGAGUGAGGACUGCCUGUAUCUCAACGUCUACGUGCCCACCGAGGAUGGUCCGCUCACAAAAAAACAUGAUGAAUCUUCAGCCAACAAGCCUCGAGAUGAAGACAUACGUGACAGGAGGAAGAAGCCGGUAAUGCUGUUCAUUCACGGAGGCUCCUACAUGGAAGGCACUGGAAACAUGUUUGAUGCCAGCGUGCUUGCCGCAUACGGCAACGUCAUCGUCGUGACCAUGAACUAUCGUCUUGGCGUGCUGGGUUUUCUCAGCACCGGCGACCAGUCGGCCAAAGGCAACUACGGCCUGCUUGACCAGAUUCAGGCGCUGCGCUGGCUCAACGAGAACAUCGGCCACUUUGGAGGAGACCCGGAGAGGAUCACCAUCUUUGGGUCAGGAGCUGGGGCGUCCUGCGUUAACCUCCUCAUCCUGUCACACCACUCGGAGGGGCUUUUCCACAGAGCCAUUGCCCAAAGUGGAACAGCCAUCUCCAGCUGGUCGGUCAACUACCAGCCCCUGAAGUACACCAAGAUCCUAGCCCGCAAGGUGGGCUGCACCUACACCGAGACCGCUGACCUGGUGGACUGCCUUAGACGCAAGAACUUCAGGGAGCUGGUGGACCAGGACAUCCAGCCGGCUCGUUACCACAUCGCUUUUGGUCCUGUGGUGGACGGAGACGUGGUGCCCGACGAUCCUGAGAUUCUCAUGCAGCAGGGGGAGUUUCUGAACUACGACAUGCUGAUCGGUGUGAAUCAAGGUGAGGGUCUGAAGUUUGUGGACGAUAGCGAGGACAACGACGGCAUCUCGGCCGCCGCGUUUGACUACACCAUCUCCAACUUUGUGGACAACCUCUACGGCUAUCCCGAAGGCAAAGACAUCCUGAGGGAGACCAUCAAGUUCAUGUACACCGACUGGGCAGACAGAGACAAUGGCGACAUGCGGCGAAAGACCUUGCUCGCGCUGUUUACAGACCACCAGUGGGUGGCCCCGGCCGUGGCCACCGCCAAGCUCCACGCCGAGUUCCAGUCGCCCGUUUACUUUUACACCUUCUACCAUCACUGCCAGACCGAGACGCGGCCCGAGUGGGCUGACGCCGCACACGGAGACGAGAUACCGUAUGUUUUCGGAGUGCCCAUGAUAGGCGCCACUGACUUGUUCCCGUGUAACUUCUCCAAGAAUGACGUGAUGCUCAGCGCCGUGGUAAUGACCUACUGGACCAACUUUGCCAAGACUGGGGAUCCCAACUUGCCGGUGCCCCAGGACACCAAAUUCAUCCACACCAAGCCCAACCGCUUCGAAGAAGUCAUCUGGACCAAGUUCAACUCCAAAGACAAGCAAUACCUCCACAUCGGCUUGAAACCCCGUGUCAGAGACAACUACAGGGCCAACAAGGUGGCCUUCUGGUUGGAGUUGGUGCCACAUCUCCAUAAUUUGCACGAGGAGCUCUUUCCAACCACCACCCGCUCCCCACCAGGCCCCGGCCCCGGUACCCCCAGAACUAGAACUACAGGCCCUCGCACCACUCACCGCCCAUAUCCUACCUUCCCGUAUGACCCAGAACCUGAUAGUUCUGAGCGUCCACCUCGGGUUCUUUUUCCCGGAGACACGCGUGAUUACUCCACCGAGCUGAGCGUCACCGUCGCCGUGGGAGCAUCCCUCCUCUUCCUCAACAUCCUGGCCUUUGCCGCGCUCUACUACAAGCGCGACAAGAGGCACGAGAUGCGGCGCCACCGUCUCUCUCCUCAGCGGGGCGGCCCCGCCAACGAUCUGGCCCACAGCCAGGAGGAGGAGAUCAUGUCCCUGCAGAUGAAGCAUUCCGAACACGACGCUCACCACGAUAUGGAGCCCCUACGGCCCCACGACAUCCUGCGGCCCUCGUGCCCCCCUGACUACACACUGGCGCUGCGCCGGGCCCCAGAUGACGUGCCUCUGAUGACGCCCAACACCAUCACCAUGAUCCCCAGCACCAUCACCAGCAUGCAACCCCUCCAUGCUUUCAACACCUUCCCCUCGACGGGCCACAACAACACCCUGCCGCACCCCCACUCCACCACCAGGGUAUAGUACCAGAUGACCCUGCGCAGCAGCACCAAGGGACCGGGACGUCUGGCCGUGCUAACCAUCUAGAAGUCCCCUGGGUGAGUGGUUUGGUGACUCUUUAGUUUCUCCGAGAACUACUCCACCUCCUCUGUAAUGUGCUGCCAAGCUUAGCAGCGCCCUCCAAUGGUGGAAUGUGGAGAUGCAACUGAACCGCAAGGCAGCAACCAUGACCAGUUUGGGAGAAACUACUCUUUUCAUGGAGGGUUUUUCAGACCUGAGCCCCUUGCCAUUUCUUGAAGGGACCUCUCGCCUUUUUUUUUUUUUUUUACUGCAGUGUCAUCUCUCUUUAUCUCAUUCCUGUGUGUGUGUUAUUCUUUCCAUCAUCGUAUCCCCGCUGCUGUUGACAUAUGACCCUCUCUCCAGUCCUCCAUCGGUCGAAAGGGGGUCAUCUUUUAUCUUCUACUUCUAGUCAACCAGCAUUCUUGGUGCCAAGUUCAGUGUUUGCAUUCUGACAAAGAAGAGAAAAAAAAUACAAUAUUUACUGUCCACUGAUAAAAGUGCCAAAUUGGCCCUUGAUUGUGUUUUUCUUUUCUUUCACCGCUUGUCACUUUCUUUCAAACAUGUCCUUAAUUGUUGUUUUUUAUGUGCAAUGACUUGUUUUUGCUGAAAAUAUAGAUAUAGAGAAAUUAUAUAUAUAGUUAUAUAUGUGUACAAAGGAGAAAGUCUAUUGUUUUGCAGCGGGGGAACUAUGCAUGAAUUAUUUUUAAUAGAAGGAACACAAGGAUGGAGGACACUGUAUCCGCACGAUUCCCCCAAAACCGACAAAAGCGCUUCACCUGGUUCAGGAAAAACAAAGCGUUGGGUCUUCAUCUCCUCCAUCUUUCAUGUUGAUAUUUAGACAGACGCGCUUCUGUUGUGCUGAUGCAACCAGCAGCAAGCCCAUUCGUAUGACUGGGACUGCCUUUUCUGUGCCAUCGUGCAUUUGUAUCCAGCACGUCCACUGUCGGCUUCCUGUGUGCCUGGUCCAGACUGGGUUUGUGCACCGACCCCGAGCGUGUGUGUAAUAAUGUUAUGUGGCGAGGGAGACAGGCAUGAUCUUCCCACUCGUUUUCAUGGUUCCCGACUUGGGCUACUUCCUCACAGUGAAGGUUUGGGCGAGAGGACUGAAAGCACACAUAGGGCCCGCGUACGUGGAACAUGGAACCGGAACAAAAGGGAGCGUGCUGGAAAGUGAGCCGUAUUCUGCCCUUUUUCUUGGUGGCGGUGUUGCUUGUGCGCUAGCCUGUUUUGUUUGAUUUCUUCUCUGUUGUAUUCCCCUCUGUCUGAGAAUGUCGCAAGCAAAGAGAUAUGUGCACAAUGAAAACACAAAGCAGUCUUACUUGGAUGUGCUUCAGAAGCCGACAAGAUGGCUGCCAAGGAAGAGACUUUGCAGACAGCCUUAAAUGAGUGGACUCACCCAUGCAACGCUUAAAAAGGCACGGCCAUCUUUGUAUCUUCUGUGUUUGCUGAGAUGAUACAUUUGCUAUUCCGUCCUCCGGAUGAUCCAUGCUUUUCGUACCCCUGCGAGGUCAGAGCGAACAAGGGGCCGUGAGGUGACACGACAGAACAGAACAAACAGCUGCCUUUGGAGUUUGGGCUGUUUUUAAAUCCUUGUCUAUUUUAUAAACCGCCACUGGAGGGCGCCAACGCAACGGAUGUCUACAAAUGGGAGAUGAACACAAGACAUACAAAACCUGCAAGAGAAUCAAAACUGUACAUUUUUAAGUGUAAGAAUCAAACAGAUAGAAAUAUUUGUAAAUAUUAAGUUUCUUGUCAGUUUUUAUCUUUUUUUUUUGUUUGUUUGAGUGAAUGAAUGAAAUAAAAUUUGUGACGACAAAAGACAACAGGUGCAGUUUGCAAAGAAAGGGCCGCCAUCUUGACUUUCAUUUGUUCUCAUAACCACUUUGGGCCAUGUGGACAUUUUGUAGCACUCCACACUGGAAAGUCACUGUAGCAGAAGUGCAUCAUACUGGUUUGUUUGAAAAAUACUACAUUGCUUUAAUUACCUUCCUUUAUGCUCUUACUUUGGAAGUACACCUUCAGAUUAAAACAUAUAUGCAUAGUUUUGGGAACAUGUCACGCAUAAGCCAUCUUUGCCUUUCUGCCAGUUAACCCACACAAUGUGGAGGUGAAGGGAACCUGCCAGUGGUUCAUGGUGAGAACCUUCAAAGCGAGACGAGGCCCUUCAUUAGACAUUAGCUCACUUUCCCAUGUAGUCAUGUUUACAUGAAGCCACUUUAAAGUGGGUCAUGAGGGCUUUGAUACCAUAAGAUGCCUCGACACGUAUUAUUGAGAUCUUAACAGUUAUGAUGUUAUCGUCCGCACACUGUGUUAUGUCAGCGAUGAAGGGACUAUGUUACCACGAAUAAAACAAAGUCAUCAAUUGGAAGUCAAUGGUACCUGCAAGCACACAAGAGCCAACACACACACACACACAUUGUCUAUACGCAUGAACUUCCUGCUCCUAUUCCAUGCAAAGUUGCACCUGUUGUCUUUGUUAACUUUUCAAAUCAGAAACCCAAGAUUUGAGUUAAGAAAAAAAAAUGGUUGCAUAACGACAUUUUGGGGGAAAUUGUGAUUUUAAAAAGUAGAAAAAAAUAUAAUUGAGGUGAUGAUGUUUCUGUUUACUUUAGAGGUUAUUAUCCACUGUAUGCUGUGAUUCUGAUUUGGGAAACAUUAAAGACGUUCAUAGCCAGUGUGUGCAUCAGUCUCUGUGAUUGAAGCUACUAUUUCAAAUAUUACAUAAUUUGCACAAUUUGUAGAGGGGCAUCUUGACCGCUGCAAAAAUAUAAUCCAGCCCAUAUAACCCCUG